AAUGAAAAAUUCAUACCUAUAACUCCUCACAUCAUCACUAAAUUGGUCGAAGGUGUAUGAGAAAUAUUGUCCAAUUUAUGGGCAUUAAAAAAAAAAAAAUUCUCUACGUUUCAUUUUAUAAAUAAAAAACAUCAAGGAAAUUUUCAAACUGCUCAAAAAACUGACUAUUUUGAGCACAAAGAUAAACCUCAAAUUAUGAAAAAAGGUUCAACCCAUGCCCAUCUCUAACCCUUGACAAAACCUACACAUUACACUUGAUUCGAUUCCACGCUACAUGGUAUCUAAAAUUUUGGUGGGAACAAAUGCAACUACACAUGAUGCAAGAUAACGCCCAUGAGAAAAACCUACCUACUUCGUGUAACGAAAUUUUGUAAAUCGAUGACCAUUUUAUUCUACGAGUAUAUAAACCAUUGAAAGAAAUCAUUUCGGUGUAAAAGUUUAUUAAGAUAAUUUUUGUAUUUCGUGCUCCGAGAAAUCUUCUUCAUAUAUUCAGAAAAAGGACAUUCAACAUGAAAUUAAUCCUAUUAGCAGCGGUAUUUAGUACUGCCUUAAUAUUUGUGGCAGCUGCUCCCAGUCCGGUUGAGGAUGCAUUCCAACAAGAAGUGAAGAAGAGGGAAGAAGAAGCUUUGAGGCAGUGCAAUAUCACCUAUCCGGUCGCUGAAGAUUCUCGUUUAAAAUUUCAAAAAUCUGUAUUUAGAGGAGAAUCGAUUAUAAAGGAAUAUACCACAUUAGAAACAUGCAAUCUGUACUGCAAUCUGCAAAAACUCGGAUUCUUCGAUGGUGAAGGUAACAUGCAAGUUCGCAAGGUUUACAAAUUUAUUCUGAAAUUGAUUCCCAAACUUGAACCAAACAGCAACACGCUCUUGUUUCAUUUAUUCUCAAUCAACAGAUCGACCAGAGGAUUGCCAGAUAAAUGCAGCAUGGCUUAUGCCGUUUAUUAUCGAUUUACCGAAGCCAUCUUAGUAGCGUCUAUAUCUGCAGAUUUGAACACGCAACCCGAAAUCAGAGACAAACUUGUGGAAAGUUUGCUGACUGGCGAAGCAUUACCGAAAGACUUGCAAACUUAUCUUGAAAAAUACAUGGAAAAUGUAGAUCUCUUCGUUAAACAAACCGCCGCACAAAAUUCUGUCUCCGCUUCUACUCCUGUUCCUGCUCAAGUCCCAUCUACAUGAUUAUUGCAACUAUUUGACUUGAUAUCUCCUGUAAAUUUGUUGUUAUAAAGUUAUCAAAAGUGUUGUA